AUGAUGGCGCCCGAUGUGAUGGGGCCUGGCUACGGCGAGGGCUCGUCCUGGAAUCCCGUACCUCCUCAGCUGCCGCCUCAGAUGCAAGCUCCCUCGCAGCAACAGCCGCCUCAACAACAUCAGCACCAGCAUCAACCACAAAUGCAGACGCAUCUCCAGCAUCAGCAUCAAACACAAAUGCAGCAGAUGGGCCAGCAGCAAGGGAUAUCGCCCCAGCAGAUGAUGCAAGCUCCCUCGCAGCAGCCGCAACAGCAAAUGACCCAGCACUACGUCGUACAGCACCAUCCCGGCCAUCCGCACCACCAGCACCACCAGUUCCCCUACCACCCGCAGCAUCCUCACCACCAGUUCAACCCCCAGAACCAACACCAUCACGGUCGAGUCUACAAGCCGCGGCCAUCGCCCAUCCCGUUCGACGACGGCCAGAUCCUGCUGCCCUCGUUCGUGUCUUCGCUCUCGUCCGCGUCGGCGCGUUCGUCGUCGCCCCGGUCGUUCACGGCGUCGACCCUCCUCUACCCGCUGCCCGAAGACGAGGAAGCGAUGCUGCAGGUGCUCGAGAUCCCGCACCUUCCCAACGACGCCGCUGCCGCGGGGGCUAUCGCUGGCGGUGACCAGUCGUCGGCGAUGAUGACCAACGGCAAUGGCGGCGGCGCCUCGUCGACGUCGGCGUCGGGCAUGCCGGCCGACUUCGGCGACCCCUCGCAGUUUGUGCCCUCGCAGCAUUCGGCCUUCCGGACGCCGCUCAGCCGACCCAUCCCCAAGAAGCCCGACGGCCAGCAGGCAAUGCGGCCUCACUCGCCGCAGCACGUCAUGCCCUCGGGCGCCGGCGCGGGCGCCACGCACAACCAUCAGCAUCAGCACCAGCAUCAGCAUAACCACCAGCAUCAGUUCCAGCAGCACCUCCAACAUCAGCACAUCAUGCACCAGCAGCACACGAACGCCGGCAUCUCGCCGCACCAGCUCCAGAUGCCCGUGCAACAGCAACAGCCGCCUCAGCCGCAGCAGUUCCAGCAGCCCCAGGCGCAGCUUCAGGGUCAGCAGCUGCAGCAGUCGCGACCAGUCGUACUCGAUCGAGAGCAGCAGCUACUGCAGGUCGAGGGCAUUCUACGCGACGCGCACAGCGACAACUCGAGCGCGUGUUCCAAGAAGGACAUCGAGAUCUUCACCCACCACGCGGCCAUGCAGCGAAUGGCCCACGAGAGCAUCAAGAAGCGGAUCCAGCUCCAUCAGCAGCAGCAGCAGCAACAGGGCCAGUCCUCUCCCAGCUCCUCCUCCUCGCCCGAUAUCGGCCAGCAGGGCUCCGAUGGACAGCCCGCCGCGAAGAAGAGCAAAAGCAAUCGGAGUCGAACGGACCAGGCGCAGUAUCAGCAGCUGGAGGACGUGUUCCUGCGGGACCCGCUGCCGUCGCGGAAGACCAAGGAGCGGCUGGCCCAGGAGCUGGGACUCACGGCGCGCAAGGUGCAGGUGUGGUUCCAGAACCGAAGGGCCAAGGAGCGGCGACAGCUGCGCGAGAUGGGCAUCAACGACUCCACGAUUCUGCCCAAUCCGUGGGGUGAAUAA